UAAUCAAUCGAGAUCUAGAGAAGGAGAGAGCUACCGACCAGCAAUGGCGGAGAGGGUGAGGAGGCUGGCGUCGCAGCGCGCGGUGGUGAUCUUCGGGACGAGCAACUGCUGCAUGUGCCACGUGGUGAAGACGCUCUUCACGGAGAUGGGCGUCAGUUGGACGGUGCACGAGCUGGACAAGGACCCCCGCGGGAAGGACGUCGAGAGGGCGCUCGCCAGCAUGGCCGGCCGGAGCCUGCCCGUGCCGGCCGUCUUCAUCGGUGGCGCGCUCGUCGGCCCCACCGACAAGGUCAUGGCGCUGCACCUCGGCGGCCAGCUCGUGCCGCUCCUUCGCCAGGCCGGCGCCCUCUGGCUCUGA